AUAUCCGAUUCUUUCGUCUUCCUUGGAAUUGUCUCCGUCAACGAUUGAUCCUUUUAUUCAGAUCGCUCUGUUUCAUCUAGUCUGGGUUUCAAUUUCGUGGUUUAAUGAUAUAAUUAACAGGCGUUCCCCUUGAAAAAUGGCUGACAAAGAUGAAGCAGCUACGCGUGGAAAUGAUUGGGAAGUUGUUUCUCUUACUGCUUCAGCUUACGCUGCUUCUCCUGGUCCUAAACCAGUUGUUGACUUGAAAGAUGAUGGUCACAAGGAUGUUGUUACUCCUUGUUACGAAGCUGAGACAUCUCAUCCUUUAUACAUGUCUCGCCACUUUGUUUUCCCACCAAGUGGUCAGCUUGAACCUCCUCCUACUAGUGAGCUAAUCGAGGCUAGCAAGAAGAUGGAUUUUGGAUUUGAAACCGGGACUCAUUGCAAGGAAGAAGGUGAUUUGACUCUCAAAGGGUUGGAUUUAUCUGAUGAUUUUGGAGGACUUGAGUUUUUCGACGAGAAAGGCAACAAAGAUGAAAACAUUUACACGACAGCUAUGACUACUUCUCUGGACGAUGAAAGAGCUAUUGGUGGGUCACACGUGUAUGAACUGAACGAACCUGUUCAAGAACUGACCGAGCCAGUCGCUCCAUCUGAUGUUACACCUGAUCUGAAUCCUACUAAAGAUGAUGAUAAGCAUGAGGUAGCAAACGUGCCUCCUUGCGAAGAAGCCUGGUGGAAAAGAAGCGCUGCGUCUUUGAUUGCACAAGCAAAAGAAACUAACACUGUUUGGUCCAUCUGCAUAGCUGCAGCUGUAAUGGGAAUUGUGAUUCUUGGCCAACAUUGGCAACAGGAGAGGUGGCAGACUUUGCAGCAAAGGUGGGAAUCAAGCAUUGGAAACGAGAAAGCUGGAAGAUUAAUGGGCCCGAUCUCUCGACUGAAACAAGCAUUUGUCGGGGGACAGCGGCGGGAUUCAUUCAUCCGAGGCAGCUCCCAAAACGACCGUUAAAAAAAGAGAAGAAAGGUGAUUUACUUUGAUGAUGACGAUAAGAACAAGAGUAGCUCUUUGGGGUCGAAAAACAUGGAUGGAAUGGUUAAAGUCUGGUGUGUGAAUGUUUGGUACUUUUACUUCAGGUCAUGGUUUGUGAGUAUGCCCGUUUUUUUGUACAUAUUUCUUUGGUGUGAAAAAAUCAUUUACCCAUUU